CUUAAAGAUUGGAAAAUGGUAUUUUUUUUGUUUCUGUGUUUAACCUUCCCUUUCUCUAACCCACCUUCAGGUAUCUCCAUGCCUAUCCCUGUCUUUGGACUACAAGAUGACUCCAAAGUGUUUAAGAAAGGCCACUGCCUUCUUGCAGAUGAGAAUUUUGUCCUAGUAGGCUCCUUUGCGGCGUUCUUCAUCCCUCUAACCAUCAUGGUGGUCACUUAUUUUUUAACUAUCAAGUCGCUGCAGAAAGAAGCCACGCUGUGCGUGAAUGACGUUGGCCCAAAGACCAAGUUUGCUUCUUUUAGUUUCCUCCCUCAGAGCUCCCUUUCUUCAGAGAAGCUCUUCCAGCGCUCUUUGAAUAGGGACAUGGGGACCUCUGGGAGGAGAACCAUGCAAUCCAUCAGCAAUGAGCAGAAGGCUUCCAAGGUCCUUGGCAUUGUCUUUUUUCUGUUUGUUGUGAUGUGGUGCCCGUUUUUCAUCACCAAUGUGAUGGCUGUAAUUUGUAAGGAGUCGUGCAGUGAAGAAGUCAUUGGUGGGCUACUUAACAUAUUUGUUUGGAUUGGGUACCUUUCUUCAGCCGUCAACCCGCUCGUAUAUACGUUGUUCAAUAAGACCUACCGCUCAGCUUUCUCUCGUUACAUUCAGUGUCGCUACAAGGAGGAGAAGAAACCUUUCCAGCUGAUUUUAGUGAAUACUAUCCCAGCGCUUGCAUAUAAUUCUAGCCAGCUCCACCUGGCUCAAAUGAAGAGUUUGAAAAAAGAGGCAAAAUUGAUGACUAAGGAUUAUUCGAUGGUCACGAUAGGAAUACGCAAUAUGGAUGGUAACUCAAAGGGAAGCAUCAGUCCAGGGAACGAAAAGGUCAGUGGCGUGUGACUCGACCAGCUGUUGGCAGCUGCCACGACAACCCCAAGUGUACACUGAGAAUUUCAUCUCAUGGUGAGAUGCCCUGAGUGCAAGAAAAUCAGCCCUGUCUGAGAGACCCUCCAGUAACAUCACAUACGCCUCAUGUUAUCCUGUUGAUGAAAAGCAGGGUGGAAUGGGAUGAUGACAGAGCCAAUGUCUGAAUUUGUAACAUCCACUGUGCCAGUUCUGCAGGAGGCUGUUAAUCAGGAGAUGGCAAUGAUAAGUCAUUACACUGCUGCCAGAUCUCAAAGUUCAGCCAUUUUCAAACAGAAUUUGUUGACGGGCUUGGGAUGAACACUACUGUUUGAUAUGACCAGCUUCCGAGCAACAACUCCAUCUUGUAAAAAAAAAGGGAGUGUUUUCAUUGUGCAUCAGACCGGAAUGGAAAUUGUGAAAAUUUCCAGGAAAAAAAGAAGAAAAGAAAAGAGACAUUCACAUUGACUAGAUCAGAGGACAGGGCCUUUCCCUGCCAUACAGGAAAAGCAUGACGAGUCAGUCUGUCACAUCCACGUCCAACAGAAGACUGCUUCAUCUGAAAAAUGCUUUAACUGACAAUUUUUCGAGCAGUUCUACAUUUUAUUACUGCUGAGACUGCAUCUGAGAAAUGCCCAAAGACAUGAAGCUCACCAUGUAUCUCCUAAGCUGGUGUGCAUACUUUAUAUACUUCAGGGUAAAGCAUCCUAAGUAUCGAUCCCAUCCAGCCGAUCAUGCACUGUAUUUAUGUAAUUAUUGGCAAAUGGUGAGAUGCAUUCUAUUUUGAAUACCUGUAUCUUUGCUUAUGUAAAUACAUAGAGAAAAAUGUUUGCUGUAUUUUGUAAAUGCUAAUGUAAAAUGGUGUUCUGAAGCUUUAUUGUUUUGCCAGAUCCCACUGCUCAUAAAGCAGAUUAAAAUAUUCAAAUUCCA